UUGUCCAACACUUAUUUUGCGUUCGUGUGGAAAGCGUUUCAUGAUCAUGUCAGGACCUUUAACGCCCUCGAAAUGUAGUCGCUAUGUUAAAGUAUUUUUCAGAGCAUUUGAGCAGACACGUAAACACCGCUGCCUCUCAAACAGCGGCCGCUCCGAUGCGUUUAUCAGGAGUUUUAUCGCUGAGAACACAGAGACAACCGGAGAGCAGAGUCUGACUCCUGAGGUCAGACUGAGGCUCUUCACCCCAAACUGCAGGUUCUGGCGAGAAAGACCAGAGCUCUGGCCUUUUGAUGACCCGUACUGGGCCAUAUACUGGCCUGGGGGACAGGCACUCUCAAGAUAUGUGUUGGACAACCCUGGAGUGUGUCUGGGUAAAACAGUCCUGGACCUGGGGAGCGGCUGCGGAGCCUCAGCCAUCGCUGCAAAACUAUGUGGUGCUGCUCAUGUCGUUGCUAAUGACAUUGACACUGUUGCAGCCGUUGCGACCCACAUGAACUGCGAGCUGAACGGCCUGGAGCCGCCCGUUUGUGUUACUGACAACAUGAUCGGUUCGGAGCCCGAGCACUUUGACCUGAUCCUCCUGGGUGACAUGUUCUACGACGAGGCCCUGGCCACCAGCCUUCACAGCUGGUUGGACCGCUGCAUCAAAACCCACGGCACCGAGGUCCUGAUCGGAGAUCCUGGGAGAGCCCAGUUUGAGGGACACGGCAUCCGACGGCUCCUGCAUCAGCUGGCUCAGUUUGAACUGCCUGAGUCCGUUAGAGAGGAAAACUAUGGUCUGACCUGCAGCAGUGUUUGGCGCUACCAUCCUGAACUCUGAGGACUGGAGAGGAUCUCCUGCAAUUCUUAAAUGAAGUUUUGGCUGUCUGACUCAGAGCCCUGAGAUAUAGCAGCGGUCUCAUCUGUAAGUGGGAGUAAAACCUCUGGGAGCGCAGUGUCCUCUGUAAAGAAAGCAAUGACGCAGAGACAAACAGCUCAUUGAGAAGUCAUCUUCAGAGAAACCACAGCUCUUAUAAACAAAAUCAGUAACAUUUUAUGAAAAUCAUUAUGCCUGUGUUCCCACUGUGGCUGUAAUAUAUAAUGUCAUUACUAUUUUAUGACUUUCCAAAACCAAAACUGUGAGUCAUUCAUGGUCUAUUGAUGUUGUUUUUCAGAAAAAAAAGUUGUUCUGGUUUAAGAACUCUUUAGACAGGCCAGUGCAUCUUCAGGCCGUCUGCAACACUUAACUUUAUAACAGUAUUCAUUUAACCGAGGUAUUAAAGAAACACUUUAAGAGUAAAGGAACGUAUGGAGGCAGUGCAGAAUCGAGUGUAAUUUUUGGAUUUACUGUACUUUAAACAAAAUACAGCAAACACGAGACUGGUUCAUGACCACAGGCACUGAAACAGAAUCCAAUAAGCAAUCCUCCUUAUAUUCCCUGGAGAGUCUCCACCUAUUGUGGAGCUUAAUCCUCAGGGUAAAAAAUUUUUUUCCAUUCAUUCAUGGAAAUUUUCCACCAUUAUGUCCAGGUUUUUAUGGACUGGCCAACUGUUAUAAAUUACCUCCUACUCUGGCAUUGAUCAAAUUGCCCCACCAUACUUGAUGAUGAUGUCAACCCUGGAUUUCUACUUUUAACCAGAAAUGGCUCUUUAGGCCUUUAUUUAGUAUUAACAAAUGGUCAUGGUCAUAAAUAUGGAUUUUGGCUCUGACAUACUGUAUAGGCUUCUGUUUGACUUUGCCAAUCUAGCUGGGGCCUCAUCUCUCCUAUUGGACCGCUGCAUAGGUCGCCACAUAUGCACAUCUUAUUGAUUAAACAGUUACAUAUGAAGUUAAGUACAAACAUGUUAUAUCGAUUAGUUAGCUACAUGAUCUCGUUGCUUCACACACUAGUGAUAACAUAUGAUACUCAUGCUCUUUUAUUGAUUAAUAAAAAUGUACCGCAACAGCUGGGGAUGGUUUGGAGAAAAGAAAAAACCACAGUCUAAUGUAAUAAAUGUAAAACAAUGGUGGGGCCAGUGUGAAGUGAACAAAGUCAUAUGUCAGCUAGAAAUGACCUUUGAGAACAAGAGUCAUCAAACAGCAUCUGGGGGAAAGUUUUGAUGAAAAUAUUUUUUGUCAUAAAUUAAUAAAUGAAUCCUUCUGUAGAGAUUUUUUUGGUUAAAUUGAAUUAAGUGGUCAAAUCAGUUCACAGCACAAAAUAAUAUUACCUGAAAACUGUUGGUGCACAUUCAUGAAAAUGAAGCAAGACAGAAGAGAGGAAGCAUUACUAUGCAAAUGUGCUCGUUGGCAGAUUUGGGGAGCAGCAGACGUGACCUGCUGAACAGACACGUGUGCCGACUGCAGGUCAAUAUUUGAGCUGAAUCUGGGAAAGUGUGAACAGGGUUUUACCAAAGGGGUGGAACCCUUCAGCAAACCCACCCAGGGCUUGUUGUAGUAUUUCAGGCUAUUAAAGUUAAAACUGUUCAAUGAUUUAUACUAGUGGAUAUUUAGGUGCUAAGGGUGAGUGGUCGUUUAAACAUCUGCCUCAGGGAAACUAUUUACAACCACUGAUAAAGAUCACCCUAUGGGCAUGUGUAGGGGGGCAGCCGGAGGUAACAGAGGUAGAUAAUUGGUAAUUUAUAUGUAUACAUUAACUGUCUUCCUUUGAGCGUGCUGAGCUUUAGGUGACAUUUAAGGUCGGAGUCAGAUGGGAAGGAGGAAGCCAGCAGAGCCAAUCAGAAGACGACAAAACGCCCGUGUACAUUUCUUUGUUUGUACUUGUAUAAAUACACUGGAUCAGGGAAAGUUAGGUUGUCAGACUGUGGACUGACCAACACUUGUUAUUGGUUAUGAAAAGGCACAUCUGAUCCAGAAUUCUGUAAUUGUUCAUUGCUUGCUGAAAAGAUUCACUAAACAAUUUGAACUAAAUUCUUUGGUGUGGACAUUCACUGGUCUUUUGAGUAUUUUGAACACUG